CAAAAAAAGCAUCAAAAAACACAAAUAAUAUUCCCAUCUCUCCUAUAUAAACUCAUGCACCUCAUGCUUCAAAAUCCCAUAUAUUCAAAACAAAAUUAUUCCCAAAACACCCCUCCCCUCUCUCUCUCUCUCUCUCUCUCUCUCUCUCUCUCUCUCUCUCUCUCUCUCUCUCUCUCAUAAUGUCUGGUGUAUGGGUGUUCAAGAAUGGAGUUCUGAGGCUAGUGGAGAACCCUAGCGAGUGUUCGUCGAGGCGGAAGCUGCUAGUACACGUGGCAUCGGGAGAAGCAAUUACAUCAUAUUCAGUUCUGGAGAGAAAAUUGUUUUGUCUUGGUUGGGAGAGAUACUAUGAUGAACCUGAGCUCUUACAGUACCAUAAAAGGUCAACGGUCCACCUCAUUUCUCUCCCCAGAGAUUUCAACAAGUUCAAGUCCAUUCACAUGUACGAUAUCGUCGUCAAGAAUCGAAACGAAUUCGAAGUUCGAGAUUUCUGAUUAUUUAUAAUUAUAAUUAAUUAAAAUAAUUUUUUUUAAUUUUAUUUUAUGAAGUUGAUGAUGAUGAUUAGUGAUAUAUAAGUUUGGUUUGGAGCUAGGGUUUCUGCAUGUGGAUUUUUGUUUUUAAGGUUGUGUAUUAUUAAUUAGUUUGUAAAGUGUGCUUUGUGUUAUAAGUUCAAGAAUUGUGUGAAUAAAUUAAAGGUUGUAAUUAAUUAAUUUUAAUGUUGUUUUAAUAUAAUUAAUUAAUUGUGCAAAAUAUUUAUUGAUUUGUUCCUUUGUUCUUUUGCUUUAAUGAGGAAUGGGAUUGGAUAAAAAA